AAUGAAUUAGAUUCAGAUUAUCUUAUAAAACCUUUUCAAAAAUCUUGCCCUCAGCAACAAAACCAAUCUGUGAAAAUGGAUAGAAUAGAAUCAAAAGUAGAUGAAAUUGGUCAAAUGACAUCUCAAUUCGGGAGAAUAAUGCUCGAUAAUCAAUCAAAAAAACCUGUAGCUAAAUCAAAUUUUACAUGUUACUAUCUCCAACUUCCAUCUAUACAGUCCCAAUACACAUUUUCAGCUUCAGAUAAUAAGAAAGAUAAUAAUGCUGAUAAACCUUCUGACUUUGCUAUAAAGAGUAAUUCCAAACAUAUAUCUGAAUUAUUGGGAUGGUAUACAAAUGUGCCAAUUAGUGUAAAGAACAAGAAUGGUAAGGUUGUUACAGCUACUGGAAAUUUUGCUCAUAUUAAUAAUAGUGAACCUGAACCAAUCAAGGCCCUAGUAGCUAAGGAUCCACCAAAAGAGAAGCAGAUUUUAGAGGGUCUGUAUGAUUCAAUCCAAGUAUCUACUAAUUCCUCCAGCCUGACUAGUGAAGAUGAUUUAAAAAAAAGUGCAAAGAGCUUGAAAAGUGUUUCUUAA